UCUUUGCAAAGCGUCCCAAUCUCUACAGCUCAGAACUUUGACCUGAAGCCACUUUACACAACGUAAACACCUCGAAUCAUGGCCCAACGAUACAUCCAACCCGCCGCUCCUCCCAGCGAACAGACCUUUCAAAAGGACCUCUUCGUAGGCAAAGUCGUCCUCUCCACCGGAGGUCGGAGCGGGAUCGUGAACAAGAUGAUCAGGAUGAUGAUGAAGCACGGAGCGGAUAGUGUGAUCAUCGGUCGAAAUGGACCAGAGAACGCCAAAGCCGCGCAACAACUAUCUACCGAGACCGGCCGGACCUGUCUUCCCGUCCAAGCUGACGUUCGUAAACCAGAGGAUCUAAAGGCGGCAGCGAAAGCUUGUAUGGACAAGUUUGGGAGGUUGGAUUUCGUCAUCUGCGGUGCCGCUGGCAACUUCUUGGCACCCAUAAGCGGUCUUUCCGAGAACGCGUUCAAGACCGUCAUCGAUAUCGACCUGCUCGGAACGUACAAUACCAUCAAGGCUACUAUUCCUUACGUGAGACAGUCUAGGGGGUCUUAUAUCCACAUCUCUGCUACUUUGCAUUACCGAGGUCUGCCUUAUCAAGCCCACGUCUCAGCAGCCAAGGCCGGGGUGGACGCUCUCUCCCAGGUCCUCGCUGUCGAAGAAGGUCCGCAUGGUGUGAGGAGCAACGUGAUCGCUCCCGGUCCUAUCGGAGGAACCCCAGGGAUGGAAAGACUCUCACCUAAAGGGGAUAAGAGUAUCGAGGCGGUCCCACUCGGUCGAAUGGGGGAUGGCGACGAGAUCGCGACGAUGGGCAUGUUCCUCUUCUCCCAGGCGGCGACCUGGAUUACCGGUCAAAUCUUCGUCGUCGAUGGCGGAGAACACCACGUCAGGUUGCCCGCCCUUGCUUACCCGGAGAGCGUCUUGGAUCCUGCCAAAGUUAAGUCGCUCAUCGCGGCCAGACUAUGAGUUUCAACUCUGAUCUGUACAGGGUAUUUUGGGAAGAGUUUGAGAUGUAUACGAGUUAGCGGCUGUGUAGUCAUGAAUAUGCGCAAGAUUGACUAUGACUGCGGAAGCAGAAGCAGCCGACGUCGCUCGUAUGCCAAGCGAUCAGUCGCAGCUCGGCAAUAGAUGACGAAG